CUGCGGGGACUGCCACCGGCUCGGCGCCUCCCGCUCGUCUGGCUGCACCCACGCCGCGGCCGCCGCUGAGCGCAGAGCGCGGCCUGCCCAUGGCUGACCUGAGUUUUAUCGAGGACACCGUCGCCUUCCCGGAGAAGGAGGAGGACGAGGAGGAGGAGGAGGAGGGCGUGGAGUGGGGCUACGAGGAAGGUGUUGAGUGGGGCUUGGUGUUUCCUGAUGCUAAUGGGGAGUACCAGUCUCCUAUUAACCUAAACUCCAGGGAAGCCAAAUAUGAUCCCUCACUGCUGGAUGUCCGCCUCUCUCCAAAUUAUGUGGUUUGUCGGGACUGUGAGGUCACCAACGACGGACACACCAUUCAAGUUAUCCUCAAGUCCAAAUCAGUUCUCUCGGGAGGACCGUUGCCUCAGGGGCACGAAUUUGAACUGUAUGAAGUUAGAUUUCACUGGGGAAGAGAGAACCAACGUGGUUCUGAGCACACGGUUAAUUUCAAAGCUUUUCCCAUGGAGCUCCAUCUGAUCCACUGGAACGCCACGCUGUUUGGCAGCAUCGAUGAGGCAGUUGGGAAGCCCCACGGCAUCGCCAUCAUUGCUUUGUUUGUUCAGAUAGGGAAGGAACAUGUUGGUUUGAAAGCUGUGACUGAGAUACUCCAGGAUAUUCAAUAUAAGGGGAAGUCCAAAACAAUACCCUGCUUUAACCCUAACACUUUACUACCAGAUCCUUUGCUACGGGAUUACUGGGUCUAUGAAGGCUCUCUUACUAUCCCACCUUGCAGCGAAGGCGUCACCUGGAUAUUGUUCCGAUACCCUUUAACUAUAUCUCAGCUACAGGAGGAAGAAAGUGGUCCUAUGAAAGUGGUCCGCUGGUGCCCUGGAUGUGGAGUGGAAGCUCCCAAGCAGCAGCUUCAUUUUCUCAGAAAUCCUGCAUUGUUUGUCUUCAUCUACUGCAGCUUUGAUGGACAUCCUGACAGCUGUCUGUAUACACACUGUUAUGAAAUAUUAGAAGUGACUGUAUGUUCUGAAGAAGCUUAGCACAUGGAAACACAUCGUGGCUGCUGGUGUUUCUAUCUUUACACAUUUUACUUAUCGCUUCUGUGUAGAAAGAAUGAAACUAGUUUUCAAGCCUAUUAAUGUGAAUGUAUAUCAUGUAUCAAUAGGUGAAAAGAAAAUACAUUUCCUGAGCUAAUAGUAAUUCACUUACUGUCUCUAAUAGAAACUUUGCUCAUCCAAGCCUAGUAUAAUUCUUGAUAAUAAAACAAGAGUUUUGAUCAAUAACAGCCUACAACUUGAAAACGCAAUGUGAAGGAUUCAUAAAAUUGUCUGUCAUAUUACUUUUUAAUAAUCAUACCAAAAUUAGUGUCAGGAUGGUUUAUCAUGGAAAACAGGUUUGGACCUAAUGAAAUAACACUUUAUAUAUUUCUUUCUUAAAGAAUUUAAUUGAAUAUAUGAAUCUAUAUAUUUAUGGCACAUCUGAAAUUACAGUUUCUUAAAAUGUAAGAAUAACGUAAGAAAUAAAUAGGAUGAAAGAAUAUGGCACAACAUAUGUUUACUUUCCACAGAAACAUAAACAAUAAUAUUCUCUAUUAACUUAGUAUCCUACACUGUGCAAGACUUCAAAAUACUUUAUUCAUAGAUUGUACUUCGGUGAUGUGAUGAGAUUUCUUUCAAAGAUGACCAACAGUGUCCUUUUCUAAGUACUGCUGUCAAUCAAACAUAAUCUUAGUUCUAGGUAAAAGGAACUGAAUGAUGUUAAACCGUAGAGUCAUUGGCACAGAGCAAGAACUUAAUAAAUCAAUGUUAUUUGUUACAGUUGUCAA